GGGAAAGAGACAAGGAUUGUGAAUGGGGCCUCUUGCGGACCCUGGGCUCGAGAGAAAGGCGACGUCGUCGAGAAACAUGGAAAGGGUACUUCAACUACCUUUUACUGUCGCUGAUCUACGAUAUUGAACAUUGUUCCAAACACUUGUUUAACCUAAUGUAUCGUAAACAUGGCAAAUCGAACGGUAAAGGAUGCAAAAUCAAUUCGAGGAACAAACCCUCAAUAUUUGGUAGAGAAAAUAAUUAGAUCUCGAGUAUACGAUUCCAAAUAUUGGAAGGAAGAAUGUUUUGCUCUGACUGCGGAACUUUUAGUCGACAAGGCUAUGGAAUUAAGAUACAUAGGCGGCGUAUAUGGUGGAAAUGUAAAACCCACACCAUUUCUUUGCCUCAUAUUAAAAAUGCUUCAAAUACAACCUGAGAAAGAUAUCAUAGUAGAAUUUAUAAAAAAUGAGGAAUUCAAAUAUGUUCGUGCUCUUGGAGCGUUAUACAUGAGGUUAACAGGAUCUUCUCUGGACUGUUACAAAUAUUUGGAACCAUUGUUUAAUGACAAUAGAAAAUUGAGGCGACAAAAUAAGGAAGGUAAAUUUGAAUUGAUUCACAUGGAUGAAUUCAUAGAUGAUCUCUUACGGGAGGAGAGGUGCUGUGAUGUUAUUUUGCCAAGAAUACAGAAGAGGCAUGUUCUUGAAGAGAAUAAUGAACUAGAAGCAAAAGUGUCAGCAUUAGAAGAUGACAUGGAUGAAGGAAUAGAAUCUUCUGAAGAUGAAGAUAUUCCUCCAGUUAAAGAAGAUACCAGAAAAAGAACAGAUGAUCAUGAUAGAGAUAGAGAUCGUCAUAGGGACAGGGACAAGAGACAUUCACGGUCUGACAAGAAAUCUGAUAGAGAAAAACAAAGAUCAAGAAGUCGAGACAGAGAUAGAGAUAGGGAUAGACGUGAACGUAAGCGGAGUAAAUCACCAAAAAGUUAUUCCUCGUCGCAUAAAGAUAAAGACAGAGACAAGGAUCGACAUAGAAGAGACGACCGAGAUAGAGAUAGAGAUAGAGAUCGAGAUCGAAGACGAGAACGCGAUAGAGCUAGACAUUGAAUAUUACAAUUCAACAAUUUUUGUACAGAACGUAACGAUUGACUUUAAUUAUUAUCAGGCUAAUAAAAAAUGUAAAGUGGUACAAGUCUUGAAUCUUCUUUUUUAUCGUGUGUACUGCGUUUUGUUCAUAACAGCAGUAUAUAACAUUUACAGAGAAUAGUUUCAUAUUAAAAUUAUAGCAUUUAUCAAUAGAAACGCUACACAGUAGCUCGUAAUACCCGUACAUUACAUGUUGUAAGUGAUAAUAUUUUGUCUCUAUUAUUACAUUAUUCAUUCUUCCUAGAACCAUAUUUUCGAUUUAACAAGAUUAUGAAACGAUGGCCGUUGUUCUUAUGCUUAUAUACAAAAUAUUAAAGAAAAUUUAUCACUGUAAUCGUUAAAAAAUUAUUUUAGAAAUAUAAUAUACUUUUUAAAUGAUACAAAUAGAUACCCUAUAAUUCCUCUUCAACGAUACAGUGAUAAAUUUUCUCGAGCACCACAUAAUAAAAUAAGUAGAGGAUAUCAUAGCCUGUCUAUAAAUGUAAUCCACAUGAUUACAUGCGUGUCUUUAAAUAUAUACAUUUUCACAUAUGUUCCUUAUUUCACAAUGUUUUGUCGUAAUUAAAAAUAGUGAGCAAAGUAUGGUAUUAAUA